CCUGUCAUUUGUUACAGACAAUGAACACCGAACACUGAUUGCCAAGCACCAAACCCCAAAUGCCAACCAUUGAACACAAUCCACAAAAAAGUUGGAGACCAAAACAAUGUGUCAUAACUUCUAAUGAUGACAUAAAAAAAUCAACUUUUCUAUUACCUUUUUUAGAAAAACAAGCAGACAUCUGUGAUAUUCCGUCCAAUCACAACAUCAACAACAACAAAGAUCUUGUGACCAAGAUGAUCUCCCUACAAGAAACGAUGUCCUUCUUGACAAACACCGUAAACAAAUCCUUAGAACGCCUACAGAAUACAAUUAUUGAAACCAAUGCAGUAUUACAUGACCGCAUCAACGCAAUUGAGGACAUACAAGCCGAAGCUUUAUCAAUCGUAAAAUCAAUUAAAAAAGAAACAGCAAAAGAAGAUGAUGAUAACAAGGAAGUUGAGGAAAGUAACAAGGUUGACGAUGAAAUUGAAUAUGACACAGAAUGCCCAGAAGAGUAUGAUAAUGUUAUAAUUGAUAUUGAUAUUAAAUGGAACAUAUCUAAACGAGCAAUAUUGACGCUCCCCAAUGGAUUACGUUUGGCAAAGUCGACAUUACCCGGCGCAGGUCUAGGUGUGUUUACUGAUCAAUUGAUUCCUGUUGACACAUAUAUGGGCCCAUAUGAGGGGGAAAUCAUCUAUAAUGAAGAUGACUUGUUUAACGAUGGGGAGUAUGCAUUUGCUGUAAGUAAAAAGAUCAUUGUGGUUACAUUUGCUGUACUUCUACUUAAAUUGGCGCCCAUUUUAUUGGCGGAUCCGCCAAAUUAAAUAGCCAGCAAAUUCUCGUAACACUUGUCAGUUUUUCUAAAAUUACGGUACAACAUGUACAACCAAAAUCACUCCUGCCAUAUAUUUAUCUAUCAAGUCCUCUAUUAUGUGGAAAAAUUCUAAAAUCUUAACAACAAGGACAUUUAACUAAUUAAAAAUCAGAUACAUUUAAAUUGUAUCUGUAACAUUACACCUUUUUGAGAUAAAUCUCUUGAUCAAACUGUUAAUUUCAUUAAGGCUAUUCAAAAUUAAAUAUAUGUUUAAUAUCAUCCCCCUCCAUGAUCUAAGUGAUUCGUCAGAAAAACUGUAGUGCCCAAAUAUGUACAGUAAAACCUGUCUAAGUGGAAC